AUGGCCUACACCAUCCUCGCCGGCGGCUACCGCCCCUCCAUUGCGCUCCUCGCCUUUGACCCGUCCAAGGACACCAGCGAGGCCCUCAAGCUCGUCUCGGACAGCCCGGCGCCCGAGAACCCCAGCUGGAUCGCUGUCCCCCCUACGGCCACAGCGUCCACCGGCGGCGAUGUCUACUCGAUCUCGCGCCCGCUGUACUCGGUGUCGGAGAAGGAGGGCGGCAGCGCGCUGUCGCUCAACCUCGCGGACGGCAAGGUCAGCGUCACUAGCGAAGUCCCUACCCAGGGCGCCCCGUGCCAUGUCCAUAUCAUGAAGGACGGCAAGGGCAUCGUCAUCUCCAACUACCUCGGCGGCUCGAUCGUGUACAUUCCCCUCGCCGCGGACGGAACUCUGUCCAGCACCGACAUCCAGCGCGUCACUUUUGAUUUCCCCUACGCCGCCUCGCCUGCCCCCAACCCGGAGCGCCAGGACGGCAGCCACGCCCACCACUGUAUCGAGGGCAAGCGCGGCCUGUACGUCGCUGACCUGGGCAGCGACCGCGUGUGGGUGGUGGAGAGGAACGACGGCCAGUUUGCCGUCGCCGACUACAUCCAGUGCGAGCCUGGAUACGGACCGCGUCACCUCGUGCUCUCCGAGGACGGUGAAAUCCAUCAUCUACGUGCUCGGCGAGAUGGGCCACACCGUCGCCGCGUUCCCGCCACGGCGACCAAGACGUCGGCGCCCCUCGCCACGCCCGUCCCCUUCCUGCCCCCGAGCAUCCCGGCCGCCUACACAAAGUUCAUGGACGGCGCCGAGCUCGUCCUCAACCCAGCCACACAGGAAGUGUACGCCUCCAACCGCCUGGAGCUGCACGCGUCCAAGAUGAACCCGACGCUCGCGGCCUUGGCCCCCGCCGACGUGGCGCCCGGCGACGCCGUGGCCGUGUACACCACCAACAGCGCCACGGGCCUCGACAACGACGUGAAAUGGGUCCGCACCGACUGCUGCUGUAUCCGCGGCAUGGCCCUGUCCCCGGACAACAAGUAUGUCGCGCUCGCGGGCAUGUGUAAGGGCGGCAUUGCGGUGUAUGAGGUCAAGGCCGGCGGCGAGUGGACGCGCGUGGGUGGUCUGGCCAUUGACAACGUGACCGACUUUGCCUGGCUCUAG